UAUUAUUUUCGAAAUUGAGAACCAACAACGUCGAGGUCGAAAAACCAUUAUUUUCUGGGAAGGGUGACAAAACAAAAUCAAAGACAGCAAAUUACUUCGAUUAUCAGGACGUGUUUGCAUGUAUCAACAAUUUUCCAGUGCAAUUCAAGAACUAAUAAUUCUUCAAUUCAUCUUAAUUAGGGUACCCAAUUCUUGUUUUGGGGAGGAUUUCAUUUUUAAUUUCAUUUUGCAAGCCCUAAAAAACCCUAGUUUGUCAAAUUAGGGCAAACGGAUUUUAUACUUUGCCUUUUUCUUAAAGCAAGCUUACUCUAUCUAAGGUUUCGCGUUUCUUUGGCUCUUCUAUUUUGAUCAGAGAGUUGAUUGGUUACCAAACUAAUGGAAGGGCACCAACUAUAGCUUCCUCGAGAGGAAUGCAUGGAUUUAGAUCUACCUUCCUCGUAAAUGCUGAGGUUGAUUCCAUGGGAGGAGUUGUUGAUGGUGGAGUUGGUAUUGGAAGAAAACCCUCUCCACGCCUAGCAGCGAUUGAGAAAGCACAGGCUGAGCUGCGGCUAGAAUAUGAUGUUCGAGAAGAGAGGAGGAGAGAGCUUGAGUUCCUUGAGAAAGGUGGAAACCCUCUGGACUUUAAAUUCGGUCAUGCAGCAUCUGUGAGUGGCCAGUCUACCUCACACACAUAUCAACACCCAGAUCAGAUUUUUACUAGUGAAGUAAGAGGUAGUUUUGCAUUGACUGCCUCACCUUGUGGUGAUUCAGUUGAAAGUAGCGGGAGGUUGGGGGUCACUACAACAUGUGAGCCAAAUAGUGCUGAUAAUUUUGAUGGUGCGAACGAAAUUCUUGGAAGUGAAAGAAAGUCUAAGCAUCAUACGAGAGGUAUCAUCACUCCUUAUGAGCAUUCUUCUCAACUUGAUGGGAGCCAAAACCUUAAGGAGUCUGAGGAUUUCAACCCCAAACGAAGCCAAGCGUAUAGGAGAAGGAAUAGGUCUAGGAUAAACCGUGAUGGCGGUCCUCGAUCAAGUUCCAGCGACAUGGCAUCUCGUGGUGGACUGAGUUCUCUGCCUGCUCGACAUGCUAUGCUUUCCAAGCCUGUUGCAUCUGAAAAUCGGCUUGAAGCAGAGUCAGAUGGGGCACUUGUUCUGCAUUUGACUACAACACCAAGAGACAGUGAAGCCUCUGAAGGUAAGUUUUUGACUUCGAAGGAAACACAUGAGGGACUGCAAAAUGCAAGUGUAAAAUCUGAUGAUGUUCCUGCUGCUACAAGCAUCAUGGAACCUAAUUUAGUUGCAGGAAAGGAAAAUGUUGUUAUUGUAGAUGCAGCAAGUCCUUAUUUUAGUACAGAGAAAACAGAUGGUACUACUAGUGCUAAACUAUUGGAUGAGUCUGGUAAGAUCAAUGGGGAUGAAAAUUCAACACCAAAUGAUGCUCUUAUUGGUAAGAGUUUAAUUUUAACAAAAGGUUUAGAUCCUGAGUCCUCAUGCACCAAUACUAGCCGUAGUGUAAAUGGAAAUGGGAAUAUUCAAAGUGAUUUGUACACUAAUUUAAAGACUGUAGAACAUAAUGGGGAUCCUACGGAGUACAAGCUACCCCUUCGGGAUACGUCCAUUUGUGUGGAUGAGGAAAUUCUAAAUGAGAAACUUGUUACCAAUCCCGUUGAAAAUGCUUCUUGUGCUAAAGAGGAUCAAAAUUCUCUCAGCCACCAAGGCAAUGGUUUUUCCAAUAAAGAGAAAGAAAUUGACAGAGAUGGAUUUUCUUCUGGAGACAAGGGUGAGUGUCCUGAUGUGGGGAAGUUAGGAGCAGUUGAACAUGCUAAAACAAAGUCAGAUAAAGAGCAUGGUAUCAUUGAUGAUUCCAUUCCCACAGCAAAGAGUCCUUGUCAUGAAAGAAUGCAUUUCGCAAUGGAAUCUUCUAACGAAGUUAAGAAGAAUGAUUUAUUAGCGUCGCCAUCCACUUCAAAGCUUCAAACCUCGAGUGAAAGCCAGCUGAAACAAUUUGAUCAGGCACAUGAGGACAGAGUAUUGGAAGAGGCAAAGAUUAUAGAGGCUAAACGUAAAAGAUUAGCAGAAUGUGUUGGUUCGAUGCCAAGGGAGACUCGACGCAAGUCUCACUGGGACUUUGUCCUUGAAGAAAUGGCUUGGUUAGCAAAUGACUUUACACAGGAACGUGUUUGGAAGGUGACAGCUGCUGCUCAAAUUUGCCACCGUGUAGCCCUCGCUUCUCAAAAAAGGAUGGAGGAGCUACGUAAGUGUUGGAAGAAGAAAAGUGUAGCCCACACCAUGGCAAAGGCUGUGAUUGAAUUUUGGCAUUCUGCAAGGCUUAGUGUGGAGAAUCUUGCCUGUUCUCAGUCCGAGAAAUGUAACAUUGAUAAUUCAUCAGGGGCAGAUGAAACCGGACACACUAAGGGUGAGGUUGGAAAUUUUGAUAAGGAUGAGGCUCCUAAAGAGAAGCAUCUAUCUACGGGACAAAAACAGGGUCUUGCUGUUUUUGGUUAUGCAGUUAGGUUUUUGCAAUAUAAUUGCUCUUUAUCACAUUUUGUCAAAGUGGACUGUUCAGGGAUCCCAGAUGUGCCUUGUGAGGUUGACUUUUCUGAAGUUUCGUGGCAGGACCAGUUUACAGAGGACAAUCUCUUCUACGUGGUUCCGCCUAAUGCGAUGGAGACCUACAGAGAAUCAAUUGAAUCAUGUUUGACAGAAUUUGAGUCAUCAUUCACUCCAAGGGCGAGCAAUAAUAUACAGGAGGAAGUUGAUACUUCUAUGUAUGAGCCUUCAGAAGAAAUUGGGUAUCAAGAUGAUGAUUAUGAGGAAGAUGAAGGGAAGAAUGUAUAUUAUCUAGGAACAUAUGAUUAUGAAAGACCAUCUAAAAAGAAACGAAAAAAUUUGAAGUUUAGUCUCUCUAGAUCAUAUGAAAUGGAAAGUGUCUAUGGACCAUCACUGCCCGGAAAAAGGCCUGCUGUCAAUUCUAAUGCUGGUUCUAUUCCCACAAAAAGGCUGCGGACCAACUCUAGGCAGCGAGUUGUUGGUCCUAUUGGGGCUGGAACUUUUGAUGUUGCUCCAGUGCCAAAUAAGGCAGAAGCUUCUAGUGGAGAUACCAACUCUUUUCAGGAUGAUCUGAGUACUCCUCAUGGUAUGUUCAAUGCUGCAAGAGGCUCUGAGGUUGAUUCUCCUAUGGACUUUGAUAAGCAAUCUAUAUAUGAUUUAGAGUUUCCUACAAAGACCAAGAAGAAUAAGAAGAAGAUUAAGAAUCAGAGUCCAGCAUAUCCUGGGUGGCCUAUUGAUCCUUCUAUGCAGAAUGAACUGAAGGAUCAUGGACGAAAGAGAUUGGGUAGCCUGCUUGAGUCCAAUGGGACUAGCGGUGUGUUUGUCAAUCACUCAAAGAAGCCAAAGAUAUUGAAACGCUCGGAAAAUCCAUUUGAUGCGCCCUUGAGUGGAUCAGUUGCUUCACCUGUUACUUCCCAAAUGAGUAACAUGUCAAGGGGAUUGCAUAAAUUUUUUUUGGGCCGUGAUAGGAGUAGAAAACUUAAAGCACUCAAGGUGCCUUUUGUUCAGCAUGGUUCAGGAAGCCCAUGGUCUUCAUUUGAAGAUCAGGCACUUAUUGUUCUUGUUCAUGAUAUGGGUCCAAAUUGGGAGCUUGUAUGUGAUGCUAUCAACAGUACUUUGCGAUUCAAGUGUAUUUUCCGCAAACCUCAAGAAUGCAAGGAGCGGCACAAUAUCUUGAUGGAUCGGACUCCAGCCGAUGGCGCUGAUAGUGCUGAUGAUUCAGGAUCUUCUCAAUCUUAUCCUUCUACAUUACCUGGGAUACCAAAGGGUAGUGCAAGGCAAUUGUUUCAGCAACUUCAGAGACCCAUGGAGGAGGAUACUAUAAAGUCUCAUUUUGAGAAGAUCAUUCUUAUUGGGAAGCAAUUGCAUUACCGGAAGAAACAGAAUGAUAAUCAGGACAUGAAGCAAGUAACACCUGUUCAUGGUUCACAUGUUGGUGCACUCUCCCAAGUCAUUCCAAACAAUUUGAAUGGGGCGAUUCUCACGCCACUGGAUUUGUGUGAUAUUGCUGCAUCCGACCAAGAUGCUAUGCCUCUUGGGUUUCAAAGCCCACAUACUGGAGGGUUGUCCUUGCCAAAUCAGGGUGCUAGUCCAUCAAUGCACCCUUCAGGGCUCAGUUCCUCAAUCCAAGGUCAUCCGGGUUCUCCAAGCUUGAGUAUUGGUAACAAUUUGGCAUCCCAGUCAUCGCAGUUCACUAAUUCUCGGGAUGCUAGAUACCCAGUGAUGCCAACUGAGGAGCAGCAAAGACUUCAGCAGUACAAUCACAUGCUACCCGGAAGAAAUGCUCAGGCGCCAAAUUUAUCUUCUGGGUCUAUUUCUGGAACUGAUCGGGGUGUGCGCAAACUUCCCGGUGGAAACAGUGCUGGCAUGGUUGCUGGUAUGAGCCGAAGUAUGCCAAUGUCAAGACCAGGACUUCAAGGAGUUUCAUCCUCAUCUAUGCUGAAUUCAGGAAGUAUGCUUUCCUCUAGUAUGGGUGGGAUGCCUAGCAAUAUGAACAUGCACUCUGGAACAGCUUCUGGACAAGGAAAUUUAAUGUUUGCACCUCGUGCUGCAUUGCAUAUGGUGAGGCCUGGGCAGAUUUCAGAACAACAAAGGCAGAUGUUGCCAGAAUCUACUAGUCCCGGAGUCCCAAACUUUGGUGCAUUGAAUUCUGGUUUCUCUAAUCAGACAUCUUCACCACCCCUUCAAUCCUAUUCUGGGAACCAUCACCAUCAGCAUCCUAUGCCACAGCAACAUACUCAUGUACUUGGUGCUCCAUAUCAUAUGCAUCUUCCUGGAUCAAAUCAUUCUGUUACUCCAGAGCAACAAGCCCUUAUCCGCAUGGCUAGGGAAAAACAGAUUCAGCAAAGAUUAUUACAGAGACAGCAACAACAACAAAUUCAGGCAUCUAGUGCAUUAAUGACGCAUGCUCAAACUCCGGGUCAGCUGCCCGUAUCAUCUUCUGUGCAGGCUUCCCAACUUCAGUCACCAUCUUCUUCUCAGGCUGUAUCAUUGCCCCUUCUGACUCCUUCAUCGCCCAUUGCUCAUGUAUCUUCACAGUCAUUGCAGCAGCAAAAACAUCAGAUACCACCACAAGGACUUGGGCGGAAUGCUCAAAGUGUUGGGCGUGGAAUGGUGAAUCAGGCUGGAAAGCAACGCCUAAGGCAAGGACAACAGCUUCAGCAACAGUAUCAGCAUUCUGGCAGGCAACAUCCUCAACAACGCCAACAAUCACAGCCUGCACAGCAGGCUAAGCUUGUGAAAGGAAUGGGUAAGAGUAACAUGCUGAUGCAUCUGAAUCUUCCUAUUGAUCUAUCUAAUGUAAACGACCUUUCUGCUAACUCUGGAAACCAAGUUGCUGAGAAAGGGGAGCAGGGCUUAUAUUCAGGGUCUGGUUUAAAUACCAUGCCACCAUCAAAACCUCUGGCUUCACCCCAGAAUUCGGGUCAUUUGCAACAUCAAAAACCAUUUUCAAAUACAGUCCCUGCAACACUUAAACAGGUUCAACAGAUUCCUUCUCACUUGGAUGGUAGCUACCAAGGCGAGGUUCCAGUGGUUCCUGCUAGUCCGACGUCAGCAGGCACGUCCCAAGGCCCUCCGUCGACGGCAGGGCGUUUGCUUAACCAUCAGCAUUUGCAUGGACAACUGCAGGCUACUAUUAGGCAGCCUAAUCAAUCUUCACCUGCUCGUCAGAGCACAACUCAACAAAAUUGGCAAGUGGAUUCUGAUUCCUUGGCCAGGACACAACCUGAUACUGCCCCAUUGGACCAGAAGUUUGUGAAUAAUACUAAUUUAAAUGCAGGGGUUCCACCAUCAUGUGUUGAAAAUACAAGUGGUUUACCUGAUUCUUCUUCUGCCAGCACCGUAAAUCGUAAACAAGCUCAGGAAUCUUUAGUUGAUUCUGCUAUGACUAGUACACCCACAUCAUUAGAUCCUAUUAGCAGUCCAGCCCUUACAAGUAAAUCAUGUAAUGACACAAUUCCAUCAGUUAGCGAUGAUCUGGUGCAGAGACAGUUAUCAGGUAGUGUGGCAGCUCAAGGACUUGAGAUGCAAGUUCAGCAGCAGCAAUCACAUGUACCUCAUUCAUCAUCACUUCAUCCCGUAUUACCACAAAAGAAGUCACAGAACCAGCAGCCACAACUUCAAAAAUCAAGAGGGUCACAACCCCCACCUCAGUCGCACAUUCACGCUGGGCAAAAUAGCAUGCUAACAAGAACCUCAACUUCCAAAUUGGAAUGACUGUCACCAUUGAUUGAGAGGAGGGCUUGGCACUGCGUUUCUUCCAAAGUUAAGUUGGCAUGCCCUUGUAGCAGCAAUGUACAGUUUGGGUGUGCUGCUUUUGUCUCUCUCUCUCUCUCUCUCUCUCUCUUCUCGCAAGUGCUCGGUUUCUGAGAAGGUGGUACUGCCUCUGAAUUAGCCUCUUGCUUGUUUUGCGAGAUGUUAAUGUGUAAGAAGUUAUUUUUAUUGGGGUACAGAAUACAAGUCUGGUGGACGAAACACUUGAGAUGAAGCUGUCAAUUUUGCAAGGGCACUACAAGCUAAGGUAAAUUGGGAUGGUGAUCAUAACUUUCAGGUUACUGACUUAACGAGUUUAGGCAGACUUUGUAGGGUUUAUAAUGUAAAUUACCACUGCUUAGAGAUCUGUGAAGAUAGAGUUAUUUAGAGGUAUGUGUACCGUAUGCCAUUUCUCUAUCUUGUUAACCGCCUUUUUUCCCCUUUUCCUUAACUCCUACCCGUAUUUAGAUUUCCCUUUCGUCAAUGUGAGGCCUUAUUCCUUUUCACCCCCAUAGUUAGUGCAUGUAUUAUUUGAUUGAAGGGGGAAAGCUUCAUUGUUACAGGCAAAUGCCGACAGAAAUUUUGUGAAUAUAGCUUCAUAGUGUAUAAUGAUCAUUCCCCUUGUUUUUUUUGCUGCUAGUGUAACUUUUGUCACAGUAGAAAAACCUUGUUCAGUGAGCUGAUUUUUUACCAGAGCUCUACAAAUGUUCAUGUUAAAAUUUUAGCUUUCCUGUUGGCUGUUGUAACUUAAAUAACCUUUGGACUCACAUCAGCAAUUUAUUCAAUUUUAUUACCUAUAAAAAGAGAUGAAUACGUGAUAGUGAAAAGGGAAGCUUCGAGAAGAGAGCAAUUUAUAUUUUUUUGCAGGCAUGCGGUCUGUUAUCAGCUUAUCGCGUGAAAGAUGGAAUGUGUAUGGCGUUGGUGAAGCUGAGGCUAAAGUGUAUGACUCAUUCACAUGUAGCUAUUCUUCGAUGUAAAUAGCACUAAAGGGAACCUUGAGUGAAGCUUUUACGAGAACUGUUGAGACUUCACAAGAAGAUGGCUAAUUGAAAAUAUCGAAUGGAAGCAUAUUUUGACAUGAGCAGCAAUGGGAAGAGUGUAAGUAGAGGUGUAUAUUUGUGUGUAACAGGCAGGUUUUGAAUAUGAUAUCUCGGGGGUUAAUUUCAGUUCUUAUGUGUAUGUAUAUAUAACGACAGUCUAAUUUGAUUUUUAUAUGCGGGUUACUUUAGGUUUAGUCAAGUUACUUUUAAUUGGUUUGAACUUUGAACCAGUAGGGAGGUUUUUUUGGUCAAGCAGGGCAAUUUUGUGUUAAAAUAAUGGUUUGCAGGAGAAGCUGCUUUGUGACAUUGUUGAAUUAUAUGAGAUCUUAUCAUCUUUGUGGCUUGUGGGUUUAAUCACUCUCCGUCUCCUAAAAGAUCGUUACACUUUUCGUUUUAGUCCGUUCCUUUUACUUUGCUAUAAUUUUCUUUAAUUGUUUAAUUUUAUUCUUAUUUAUACAUUUUAAUUUUCUUUUAAUAUCAUUCAUUCAGUUUUACCAUUUCGUAAUCUUCGUAAAAUUCUAUUGGUGAACGGAGGGAGUACUUAUAAUCUAAUAUAGUAGGGUCCAUUAGAAAUUGUUGGAUUUAUGUUAUUGAAUUUUUAUGCUUUUCCAGUUGUGUUUUUCAUUUAUUGCUUCUUGAAAAUUCAGCAGAAUGUGAACUUUUAUUCUAAGACUUGUUACACGCUAAAUAGUACUAAGAUUAAGUCUAAUAUGGAUUUAAUAUAAUAAAUUAUUUUGUGUACCAUUUUUGAAUUAAAUUUUUAUCGGGACUAUAUUUUUU